UCCUUCCCUCGACUGUCCAAUGAAUGCUCUCCCGUCGUCGUAGGAAAGAGGGCGGGACAUUGCGGUUCGGCCAAUCACCUGCGCCGCUACCUCAGGCGACCGCCAAAUGCCCUGCCUGAAGGACAACGUCCCGAGGCUCCCUUGGGGACCAAUAGGAACCUCAGGUGGCAGUCGGAGGCGGGCGUAGGGUACUUUUAUCCAAUCGAGGCGCUAUGCCUCCCAGCCAAUGGCGGGGGUCGUACCCAAUGGCCGGCGGCGGCGCUGUUUGGGGCCCGCCCCCUUUUGCCGGACUAAGCCGGAGAGGGUCAGUCACUCUGAGGAGAGGCGAGGAGAGGGCGCGGGCGGGCGCGUUUCCCUCGGGCGCCAUGAGUUCGGCGGGGCUCCCGGCGUGGAAGCAGGCCAUCCUGGAGCGGAAGCGGGCCAAGCUGGCGGCCGGCUUGGAGAUGCCUCCGAGGGGCGCUCCGGCGGCGAGGCGGCCGGACUCGGAAGGCAAGCGGGCCGAGGAGGGGGAGGAGGAGAGGCUGGUGGUGGCGGAGAGCCUGGGCCCGCUGCGGGAGAACCCCUUCAUGCGGCUGGAGAGCGAGCGCCGGAGGAGGAGGAGGAGGACCAGCGGGCCCAGGGCCCCUCCGCCCGCGCCCAGGCCGCUCUCCCCGCCCAAGCCGCCUCCCUCGCCCUCUUCCGAGACGCCCGCCCUGGCUCACUUGCUGGAGCUCUACGGCGCCAUGCCGGGCAUCCGCACCAUCCGCGCCGACAACAUCCUCAUCAUCGAGUCCAAGGAGAGAGACGCUGAGGGGAAGCCAGGGGGCGGGUCCAGUGACGUCACCGCCGUGGGCGGGGCCUCCCCGUCGCCCCGCCCCUUUUGGAGGCAGCAACCACAAUGCCAGCCACACCCCCAGGGAGGCGGGGCUUCCGACGUCACCACUUCGCCCUCGCCCCGCCCCCUUUGGAAACAACAACAACAAUGCCAGCAGGACCCACUCCACGCCCUCCUUUCCCGAAGUGGCUCCCCGGUCACUGAGAUCCGCGCCUCCGAAGUGGUCAUCUAUGAGCCACGGCCGCCCGACCCGCAGGAAAAGCAGCAAGAAAAGGAGCCGGACCCCGAACCGGGGAGAGUCAGCCGCCUUCUGCAGAAGUUCGACCAGCGGAAGGGCCCACGCGGGAAUAAGGCCUGGUGGCGCGGCGGAGGGUCCACGGAGACUGCGGCGGCGGCGGUGGUGCCAAAGUCUCCCUCGGAGGAGCCCCGCUUGCCCCCUCGUUCACCGCCCCACGGCCGCGGCUUUGUGCAGAAGAUCGGGUCCAAUUCCUUCACGGUGAACCCUCGUGGGCGCCUCCGCCUUGCCAGCCACCCGCCGGUCGUAAUCAGCAACGGUCCCCUAGAGCUCCAGGAGAAAGAGAAGGAGAUUGAGGAUGAUGGCGACGAGCCCGCUACUCCGACCAGGAACUGCGGGGCUCCGACCGCCACCACCCCGACAGUGCCAUCUCCGCCAAGCCCCGCUCCCGCCGCCUCUCCCUGGAAGCCAAAGCCUGACAAGAGCCCCGAGGCCCCUCCUGCAAAUAGUAGUGCCAGUCCCAACAGCAGUGCCACCACGCUGCCCCGCUCCCUGCCGCCAACGCCGCCACCCCCGGCUUUUGGCAACAACGGCGCCUUCGAGAUCCGCCCAGCCCCCAAGCCGGACCUGGCUGCCAUCCCGGCGCACGACUUGCAGGCCCAGGCACUGGCCAGCCUCAGGCUCAAUUCCCGCAACUCCUUCCUCUUUGUGCCCCGGAGGAAGGAACCUGCACAGGCCCCCGAGAAGCAGGCCGAGACACCGGUGCCGGUGACUUGCAUCGACGAGGACCUUCUGGAGCCGGAGCCGGGCUCUUUACCCCCCCUGAGAGUCCUGAGCCCCCGUCUGGAGGGCUUUGACGUUCCCCUCGAGGGUGGCUUGGAGAUGGAGGAGGCCGCGGUGGCAUCCCUGUGCCCGGUCUCCUUCCCUGCAAAGAAUGGCAACACCUUCACUGUUGUGCCCAAGAGGAAGCCCCCCGCAGCCGGGCUGGAGACCUUCCACAGAGCCUGGCUGCCAGAGGAGGAGGAGGAAGAGGAAGGCAAGGCCCGGGCCCCUCACCUGGAGCUGGGCCACCUCCUCAAGAAGCGCUACCCCACCGUCCACGAGAUCGAGGUCAUCGGCGGCUACCUCUCCCUGGACAAGUCCUGCAUGAGCAAAUCUGGCUCCCAGCGGAAGAAGAUGAAGAUUUCCUUCAACGAGUCCAGCCUGCAGACCAUGUUUGAGUACCCUUCUGAAAGCUCUUUGGUGGAGGAGGAAGAAGAAGAGGAGGAGGAGGAGGACGAAGAGGAAGAAUACGCCACGGAAGUGGAUGAGGCCCCGCUCGCGCUCUUCAUCCCUCGUGCCACCGGUACCAGGCACCCAAACACCACCAACUCAGGUUUAUCCAGUUACACCCCAAAGCACUCCCUAGAAUUUGGCAAGUGGCAGGAGAAGCAUCAGGAGGGGGCACCUCCAAGCCCAGGGGCCUUUCCACAGGAUGCUGACCGGAUUGUCCUCCAAGACAUGCUCACCCCGGCCGACACGGACAGCCUCUCGGACUUCAGUAGUGAACCUGCCCUCUACUUCUGACUUCCCAACCUCACUUGGUGCUGAGCAGAGAGCCCCGCGGAGGCCUUGGGUCACUCCAGAAAAAACUUGGAAGGGUUGGGCUGCCUUUUCCAGGGCAUCUCAUACUGACAGCGGAUGCUUGGAGGCAGCUGACCUCUUUUCUGCCCGUUGCCUUAAUAGUUCAGCUUUGAAAGCAAGUCUCCUCGAUGGAUGCAUCUCUGAGCGAGUUGCUCUCCUUAUGCUGCAGCAGCAUUCGAACGGGCAGUUGAGUUGGUGCUGAGUCCAAGCAGACCUGCCAGGGACUGUGUUUGGACGCCUUUGGUGCGCAAAGCCUGCAUUGGCGAGUUCCAGGAAAGGACAAGAGCGGUCCUUGGUGUCUCUGAAGUGGGCAUAGCCAAAGGCCGGCCCUCCUGGGUCCCCUUACAUUCAGGUGCUGUAACAAACAUGACAUCAGUGAGGGCCUGUGGCAGCGUGGACCACUUCUCUUUGGAGCUGGGUGCUUGCAGUGUGUGUUUGCACCCAUAACCCAUGUCGCAGGGCUUUGGUAAACAAAAAGGCCGGGAGUAGUUGCUCCUCUGGGUAGUUUACUCUCCCCCGCCCCAAUAGAUGCCCCUCUGUGGACACUGGCCAAGCUCUUGUCCAAACACCUCCAAGUCUGUAUCUGGGGAGCAGUCCUUGACUCCAAAGCCAAGACCACUCUGUUGUUGGGUCAAUCCCACUGAUUCUACAUGGGUCUUCGGCCCAUUUCGUCCUCCCUUUUGCAAUAAUGACCUCUUGCUUCCACGUUCUCCAGAAACAGCUGAGCUGAUGAUCAGCAAUGUUGUUGAGAAUAUUCAGGUGGUGGAAGCAGGAUUCAGUACUGUAGCCUUAGUGCCCCGUUCGCCCUCAGUGCGGGAAAUUCAGUCGGCAUCUAUGCUCUGCCUACCGACUCCCAAAGACCCCGAUUUCUGCUCUGAAACCUAUUGUGUGCGUAUUUCCUUCUAUUAGUAUCUGUCGAAUCAAAGCUGAUUUCUCUGUGGUGGGUUGUAAAACGUUCUGUAUUUUUGCACUUGAUAACAAUGACGACGAUGAUAAUGUAUUUGUAGGGGAAGCGUGUCUGGGGAAGGGCCUCUGCCCCGCACGCUCAGCCGGGUCUGGCUGGAGGGGCCAAAACGGCGGUGCAGGGGCCCGCUUCCCCCACUCGUUUCCUCCCUUUGGAUGGUGUCACUUUGUGCUUCCAAAGCUCAUUAAACUACACAAGUGAUUGCUUCACAA